AUGCAGAACAUUUUUGCGGUAGCAAAUUCAAAGAAGUAUCGUACCAAAUAUGAACCAAAUUGGGCAAGUUUAGAUAAAAGGCCACUACCGACAUGGUAUGAUGAGGCAAAGGUUGGUAUUUUUAUACACUGGGGUGUGUACUCAGUACCAAGUAUGGGCUCCGAAUGGUUUUGGACCGAUUGGAAAAAUUUAAAAUACAAAAAUUAUAUUGAAUUUAUGGAUAAGAAUUAUAAACCCGGCUUUUCUUAUCAAGAAUUUGCAAAUGAUUUUAACGCUGAACUUUUUAAUGCCACCCAGUGGGCUCUCUUGUUUCAAGACAGUGGUGCAAAAUAUGUGGUAUUGACCAGCAAACAUCAUGAUGGUUAUUGUCUUUGGCCAUCGAUGCAGUCAUUUGGUUGGAAUUCCAUGGACGUAGGACCUAAAAGGGAUAUUAUUAGAGAACUAGCCACAGCAAUACGCCAAAACACUAAACUGAAAUUUGGCCUCUAUUAUUCCCUGUUCGAAUGGUUUAAUCGUUUGUAUAUCAAGGAUAAGCUACACAUAUUCCUUACCCAAGACUAUGUAAAUCAAAAAGCCCGCCCUGAACAAAUGUAUCUGGUGCAAGAAUAUUUACCGGAGAUAAUUUGGUCAGAUGGUGAUUGGGAAGCUCCAGCAAAAUAUUGGAAAUCUGAAGAAUUUAUAGCCUGGCUCUACAAUGAUAGUCCGGUGCGCGAUACUGUGGUAACAAAUGAUCGCUGGGGCAUUGGCACCGCCUGCUUACACGGAGAUUUCUAUAACUGCAAGGAUCGUUACAAUCCUGGUGUGUUGCAAAAACACAAAUGGGAAAAUGCAUUUACAUUGGACAAAAGCAGCUGGGGUCAACGUUUCGAUUUGACUUUAAAAGACUUUAUGACCAGUGAAGAGGUGAUACACGAAGUUAUUACCACUGUCAGUUGUAAUGGUAAUGUCCUCAUCAAUGUGGGUCCAACAAAAUAUGGUACAAUAUUACCAAUUUUCGAAGAACGUUUACGAGAUUUGGGACAAUGGCUGAAGGUGAAUGGUGAGGCAAUUUAUGCCACCACGCCAUGGUCUCAACAAAAUGAUACAAUAACACCGGGCGUUUGGUAUACAAGGAGUAAGGAGGACGUGCAGGACAAAAUUGUUAUUUAUGCCAUGGUAUUAGAGUAUCCAUACGACAGCAACAGUUUGAAUAUUUAUCCAUGGGGAAAUCAAUAUCACGAUGGCCCAGACGUACACUUGGUUGGUCUUGAUCUAUUGAAUAAUAAUAUUUCUUCAAUUGUUAUGCUGGGUAUGGAGGAUACAGAUAUUAAGUGGGAGUUAAAUGGUUCCAUCAUUAGUAUUCAAUUUCCACCCAAACAUCAUAUUGAUAAAAAUGGUUUAAAAUAUGCUUGGACAUUUAAAAUUUCGAAACAUGGUCUUUCAGAUUGGAUGAGUUACGCACAAGAGCGACGCGCCUAG